UAGUACUGUAAGAUAGCAAUAUUUAGGACAACCAGAGGGUUAUAAACCCAUAAUUUGGCUAGUUAGUCGAGUACACAUUCGUUUUAAUAAUUAUCAUUGUAUUGAGACCAAAACAGGAUUUCAAAAUCCAAAAUCUGGUCAAGAAACCCUUCUCACUAAAUUUCACUGAAUAUAAGAUACAUAAUAUGUAUAUGAUUAUAUUUAUACUUUGUAUAUUUUAAUUAUAAACCGAAUCAAGGCCUUAAAAAGCUAUGAAUAGUGGUAUUGCGGGAAAACAGAAACUAAGAUGAUGAACUGUUCGCUAGUCCUUGUGAAAUAGGCAUCAUGCGCUAUUUCAACUUACUGCCUCCCACAAAAAAACAGAAUUAAUUAAAUAUUUCUAUUAUUAAGAGAAUGUAAGUACCCAUUUCUUCCAUUACGCGGAGGUGAGCAAAACACAUCGCCUAAGUUUUCAUUGGUGCUGCUUGUAUAUAUGACCAAUAUUUACGGUAUGAAGUCAUCCGAAAAUCAAUAUUAAAAAUUAUAAUGACCUAUUUAUUAUAUACAUAUGUACAUGUCUUAAAUAAGAUUGGCAUAAAAAGUCAGACGAACGCAAUUAAUUGCGUUUCUAAUGGAACUAAAAAAUUCUUAUAAUUCUUUAAUUUCAAAGUACCAGAUGCAAAAAAAACGUAUUGCGCAUAAAAGGAAAUGUUCAUCUUUUACUAAAUUUUAUUUUUGGUUAAUUAAUCCUUCAAAUAUUAUGAUUACAUAAAUGAACUAUUAGCAGUACUAUAAUGUAAUGUACAUACAAUAUUUUUUAUAUGUACAUGCACGUACAUACAUAUUUACAUAUGUACAUGUAUUUCAUAAAAAUCAGAUAGUAAAAGAAGGUAAUUAGGCCGUCGCUAAAUCAGAAAUGGACGUGGCAAUGACUAGAUAAUAAGGAUGUGAAUAUAUUUCCGACAGAAACUAACGGAGAGUUUGAAUUUGUUUCAUUUAGAUAGAAAAUUUAAAUUAUUUUGAUUUCAUUUAGCAAACUACAAAAUUUAUACUUCUGCGUUGUUGGCAGUCCUACAUUAUUUAUUUAUCGAAUGAAAAUAAUCAUUUGUAUGUAAAUACAAGUUAUAUAAACAACUUUUUUUACUUCUUGCAGCGUUCUUAAUUAUGUAUUAUUGGUUUGAGUCUGUUCGACAUUUUAUGUGUAACUCUACUCCCAGUCUGAAACGUAAACCCAAAAAAAAUUAAGUGGCAAAUUCAAAAUUUUAACUUUUAACCAAAUUUGUAGUGGGAUCUGCGACGACCUUAAUUUAUCGGAGAAAACCAUUGAAUUAAAUCCGCAAUUCUCAAAAGAAAGACAAAUUUGCAAUUCACGAUAUAACAAUGAAUAAUACUUAUAUACAUAUGUAUUAGGCUAUGUGAUGGGUGGUAUUAAUGUUCGUUUGUAUACAGUGGAGCCUCCAGUUGUGCUGGCCUACAAACAUACUCCACAGCCUUUCAUUCCUGAUAAUUCAGCAACGACAAAUUCGAAUGUAAGUGCCGCUGUUAUUGCCGCGAUUGACAACCCAAAUAGCACUGCUAAUGACUUCAAUUACGUAGAAGUAAGCAAUAGCAACACUCCUGCAACAAGCACUAUCGUUUCACUAAGCAACUUUACCUACUCUCACUUCAUUGCGGCUGUAUCUCAUGCUGUCCUUACGUCUACACCACCGACUACGACUUUGUCAAUGGCAUCAUUCGAUCUUCAUCCAGUUUUGAUUGAGCAAAAUAUUUCUUCAUCAUUUAACGGUGGCAAUAAAGUUUCGAAGGAAGUAUUGGGAAAUAUUUUGGGACCAUCAACAGAGACGACAGAGAGUGUAGGAAAUGAUAAACUAAAUUCGUUCUAUUUUUACGAGAUGGAACAAUUCGCAGUUCUGUGGAUACUCUUCACUGUUAUUGUGCUCGGCAACUCUACAGUGCUUUUUGUUCUGUUUGUAAACAAAAAUCGAAAAUCAAGAAUGAACUACUUUAUUAGGCAGCUGGCAGUCGCAGAUCUUUCUGUCGGUUUGCUUCAUGUGCUUACCGACAUAAUAUGGCGAAUAACAAUUUCAUGGAGGGCCGGUAAUGUUGCUUGUAAGCUCAUACGCUUUUCCCAAGUUUGCGUAACAUAUUCCUCUACGUAUGUGCUAGUAGCUAUGAGUAUCGAUCGCUAUGACGCCAUAACUCACCCAAUGAACUUCUCGAAAUCAUGGCGAAGGGCAAAGCAUCUUGUUACAGCAGCAUGGGUAGUAUCAGUUAUUUUCUCGUUACCCAUUUUGUUUCUUUACGAAGAAAAGCUAAUCCAGGGCCAGAUGCAAUGUUGGAUAGAACUUGGUUCGCCAGAAGCAUGGCAAACAUAUAUGUGCCUAGUGGCGACAACACUAUUCAUUCUUCCCGCGCUUAUCAUCUCAGCUUGUUAUGCGAUUAUCGUCAAAACUAUUUGGGCGAAGGGCUCCAUAUUCACAUCCGGAGAACAUUGUAAUAACAAUGUAACUAGUAGAAGAGCCAGCUCUCGCGGAAUAAUACCCCGAGCCAAAGUAAAAACCGUCAAAAUGACAUUUGUUAUUGUCAUCGUAUUUAUACUGUGUUGGUCUCCAUACAUUGUCUUCGACUUACUGCAAGUAUUUGGACGUAUUCCGAAAACGCAAACCAAUAUUGCUAUAGCAACGUUUAUACAGAGUUUAGCACCACUAAAUUCUGCAGCGAACCCACUCAUUUACUGCGUCUUUUCAUCGCAAGUAUUUCGCACACUAAGCCGUUUCCCCCCUUUCAAGUGGUUCAAAUGCUGUUGCCGUUCUUAUUUAAAUAGUACUUUAACACAAAGUCGUUGCAGCACCGUGAGCCGUCGACUUCACUAUAGCUGCGAUUCAGUGCGAACGUUGACCACUUCGCUCGCCGUAUCACGACGCUCUACCAAAGCGUCAUCACAUGUAGUAAUAUGUGAAAAAGAAAAUGAUCCAUUAGCCGUUUCGGAAGUAUGAUGUCGUGCACUAUUUAGAUUGCAUCUUAACCCACAACCUAAAUAUUUUAAGUUAUUUUAAAAUUAUAUUGAAUUGUUUGUGAUACAAAAAUAAUAAAAUCGUAAAUUGUCGGAAUCAAAAAGAUACAAGGAACAUAA